CAAGCUCAAUACCGGAACCCUUUAAUUUCCCUCCUGGUUCCCCGAACUCUCACCAACUUGCAUGAUCGGUUCUUUAUUAAGCCUUGCACAUCAUAUUCUGAUACUUACUUUCUUUUACGCAAAGUUCAUAAAUCCAUCUGUUAAUUGUUGGAGAUACUUGAGGGAAACGCAAGCAAGGAGUUGGCAGAGGAGAGCAGAGACAUAGAUUCAGGUCAGUUGUUUUUGAUAGCAAGCCCAAUCCCAAACGAAAGCCCAAAUCGCGUAUGGAGUUCUGAAGCUUGCGCAAUUUGGGACACCAUUACCAGAUAGCUGUGCUCCCAAUUGCGCUGAGAUUGAACACGUCGUAAGUUUCGGAUCACAUUGAGCUUUUUGGUGUAUCUUUUGUUUGGCAAAUUCAAUCUUUUGCGCUACCACAUGAGAUUUAGACCUUUCCAUUGAUCAGUUAUAUGUUACAUGUCGCGCUGUUUGGUGGAGUACAUAUGCACAUGUGAGGCUAGGAAGAUUGGGCUGGGGAAAUGGACGUUGGUGAAUCACACAUGAAUAUCGCUAACAUAUAAAUUUUUACAACUAUAGUCGCAACUAUUAGUCCUCCGUUAUACAAUCUCUUUCCUCCUCAAUCAUUGUCAACAUGGCGGACGUCGAGAUCCCAAUUAUUCCCCAAGAGAGUCAUAAGCCAGGAGAAAUAUCUGCAGACUUAUUAGACGAUACUCCUAUUACCCCUGUCGAAGCUUCCGCUGAAGGCACGGCAGAUGCUGUACCAGACGAAAAUGCCGGAGCAGCAUCGGAAGUAGAUACCGAGACGGAGAGGGAAUCUGUCAAGAGCGCAGAUACAGAGAAGACCACAUCGGGAUCUCCAAAUGGUGUUAAAAAGGAAAAUGCAGCUCCCAGAAGAGCUGGUUCGUCAGCGGCACCAAGACGUCCAAUUUCAGGGAGUGCAACCAGGCCCACCGCUUCUUCCGCGGUCAAGCCCACUUCUUCAUCCACUACAAAACCUACUGGAGGCUUAAGCAAACCUCCAACACGCCCAGGAAGUGCAGCUGUUGUGCGAAAGCCUACAAGCAGUGCAACAUCUUCCAUCACCAGUCAUAGAGCUCCCUCCGCCGCUGGAACUCAUGCAGAUGAGAAGAAAUCUACCACAGCCCCUGCACGACGGGUCUCUCUUGCACCAAGCCAUACAAAUACUUCGAAGACUCCUGGAACAGCUGCAGAAGCUCGGGCCAGACCUGCCUCGAUGCAUAAUACUGCCACCACCACAACAACAACUGCGAGAAAGCCUGUUGCAUCAGCGCCAGCAGCUGGCCAGACUAGUCCAAAGGCUGCAAAGCCUGCUAGCACAACUGCCCCAAAGCCAGCACCUGCCUCGAGGUGAGUUCUUUUAUAUCUUGCUUUUAGGUGUUUACGACCACUCAAUACUAACAUGUAAUUAGCACUACUACUACAGCUCGUCCAGUACAUUCUUCCAAGCCUUCAAUUAGCGCUCUUAGCAGUGGCGGUGCAGUUUCGGAAGCUAGAAAACGUCUUAAUGCUCUUCAAGGAGGCGGACCGGUUCAUCCACCGCCAAAGCCAUCCGCAUUGUCAUCCGCUCGUUCAGUCAGUGGGGCACCACCUUCAACUGCAGCUGCAUCCACGAAGGAAGUCGAAGAGUUGAAGAAGCAAUUAGUGGACAGCGAAUCCAAGGUUGAAGAAUUAAAGAAAGAAAUUAGUUCGUCACAAGAGAAACUUCUUGAACUUGGCAAGGCAGCAGAAGAAGAAUCGAAGCGUAUUUCAGAUGCUGAGGGAGCCAUUCGGGCAACGCACAGCGAACUUGUCGAGAAACUUAAUGCCGACCACAACGCUAUCUUGGAGAGUUUACAGGCCCAGUUGGUAGAAGCCGAGAAUGCUAAAGCAGCAGCUCAGGAAGCUUCUUUGGCGGCUAUCGAAGGGGCAAAAGAAGCUGCAUCUUCGGAGGGAGCCACCGAACAUGCUGAAGCGUUGGAAAAGUUGAAGGCUGAACAUGGUGCUGCUUUGGAUGCACUAAAUGCACAGUUGGCAGCCGCCAAGGAAAUUAAUACUGCCGAGCAUGCUAAAGCUUUAGAGGCCGUCAAUGCCGAAUUAGCUGCGGCCAAGGAGGCAAAUUCCGGCGCUAUCGCUGCCGCUGCCGAGAAGGAGGCCGAGAUUAUGGAUUUGAAAGUUCAACUCGAGAAAGCCAUCGCAGAGUGUGCAGCCGCAGUUGAGUCACUGAGAGCUUUGCAAGCCGAGCAUGAUGAGAGAGUCAAGGCCUUGGAGUCAGAUUUCGAAUCUAAAGUUAGUGCUCAUGCAGACUCUCUGGAAGAGUUGAAGAAGACUUUGGCUGAGGAGCACAAUGCUGCUGUGGAGGCAUUGAAGAUUGCCCAUUCCGAGGAAAUUGCAAAGGGAAACACCGAUGCUUCAUCCACCUACGAAACUCAAAUCGCUGAGUUGACCACUAAGCAUGAACAGAACCUAGCCACCAUUCAAAAACAGCUCAACACCCAAGCUGACGAGCAUGCGAGCGCUCUGGAGGAGUUGAAGAAAACUUUGACGGAAGAGCACAAUGUCGCUCUUGAUGCACUGAAGUCCGCUCACUCGGAGGAGCUUGCGAAGGGUAAUACCAAUGCCUCUUCGACCUAUGAGACCCAGAUUGCUGAAUGGACUGCAAAAUACGAGCAUAGCUUGGCUACCGUUCAAAAACAACUUGACGAUGUUCUCGAGGCUCAAAAGGCUUUGGAAUCUGCUCAUGCUGAGAAGGUAUCAAGCUUGGAAGGCGAGGUUUCAAGUCUAAAAGAGAGUUUUGAAAAGACUUCCAUAGCAUUGGCAGCAUCGGAGAAGGAAAUCUCAGAAGCUAAGGCUGAGGCUGAGUCCGCCAAGAAAGAACUUGCUUCCGCUCAAGUGGAAGUUGCUCAAUUGACUGAAAAAUUGGAUGGCUUGCAAUCUAAUGGUACUGAGUCCGAAUCCGCUUUAACGGCUGCCAAGGAAGAAUUGGAAAAGUCCAAGGAGGAAGUCAUUGCACUUCAAAAGGCUUUGGAGCAACUUGGUUCUGAUGGAAAAGACAAGGAUGAGUUACAUAGUAAGAUCCAGGCGGAGCUUGCAACAACUGCCCAGUCAUUGGAUGAGAAGACCAAGGAAAUCUCCACACUUUUGGAGAAACACGCACUGGAAACCUCGACACUUAAUGAGAAGCACUUGAAAGAAUUAGAGACCAUUUCCAACGACUAUCAAAAAGAAAUUGAUGCAUUAUCAGGAGACUCCGGUAUCAGAGAUGAAUUUAAUGUAUUAAAGAGCAAGCAUGAAGAACUUACCAAGGCCCAUACCGAGAUCUUGGAAGCUCAUCAGCAGGAACUCGAGAAGGCAAAGCAAUGCCACGCUGCAGCAAUUGUUGAGCUCGAUAACAAUGAUAAAGCUCACCAACGUGCAUUAGAAGAUUUGAAGACAAAUCAUGCCAAGGCAUUGGAUGAAGCACAUGAUAGAGCUAUAUCCGCUAGUCAUUCUUCCCAUUCUUCGGAACUACAACAGCUCGAACAUAGUCAUGCGGCUGCCAUUGCUGAGUUGAAAUCUGAGUACGAGAAAACCCAUGCAAAGGCAUUGGAUGAUGUACAUGGCCAAGCAAUUUCUGCUGCUCAAAAGGCCCAUGAGCAGGAAUUGGAGAAAUUGAUUCUUAGCCAUGCUGAAGAGAUCGCUACAUUAAAGGCACAGCAUGCUACAGCUCAAUUAACCCACGAUGAAACUAUUGCCGCCUUGAAGGCAGAGCAUGAAGCUAGUCUUGCUACUGCUUCGUCAGAUUUCGAGAGUCAAAAGGUGCCCAAAAGGCUCAUGAGGAAGAAAUAGAGAGAUUAAUUCAAAGCCAUACUGAGGACAUCGCCGCAUUAAAGGCUCAACAUUCAACUGCUCAAUCGAAUCAUGACGAAGCCAUCGCCGCUUUGAGGGCAGAGCAUGAAGCCAAUCUUGCUACUGCUUCGUCAGAUUUCGAGAGUCAAAAGGGUGCCCAAAAGGCUCAUGAGGAAGAAAUAGAGAGAUUAAUUCAAAGCCAUAUUGAGGACAUCGCCGCAUUAAAGGCUCAACAUUCAACUGCUCAAUCGAAUCAUGACGAAGCCAUCGCCGCUUUGAGGGCAGAGCAUGAAGCCAAUCUUGCUACUGCUUCAACAAAUCUUGAAAGUCAAAAGAGUGCUCAACAAGCUCAUGAACAGGAAUUUGAGAGAUUGAUUCAAAGUCAUGCCGAAGAUAUUGCCGCUCUGAGGGCGGAGCAUGAAGCCAAUCUUGCUACUGCUUCAACAAAUCUUGAAAGUCAAAAGAGUGCUCAACAAGCUCAUGAACAGGAAUUGGAGAAAUUGAUUCAAAAUCAUACUGAAGAUAUUGCCGCCUUGAAAGCACAACAUACGACUGCUCAAUCAUCGCACGACGAAAUAAUUGCCGCUUUGAGAGCUCAACAUGCGACUGCUCAGUCAACUCAAGACGAAGUUAUUGCCGCUUUGAAAGCAGAUUUUGAAACUAGUCAUGCCACCGCUUCAUCGGAUCUCGAGAGACAAAAGGCCGUAGAGGCUGAGUUACAAGCUGAGAUUACUAGAUCCAAACAAUCUUUACAUUCAGCACAAGAUGAGUUGGAAGCUCUUAAGCAAGACUUGGCUGUGGAGAAGAUUGCAAAGGCUAACGCUGAAGCUGAUUUGGAUGCUGCAAGAAACGUGAAGUUGGAUACUUCUGAACUCGAUGCUCUACGUCAAGAAUUACAAGCUCUCAAGUCUCAACAUGAAGCUGCUCUUGCAUCAGCCAAACAAGAGUCGGCAAUGGCCACCCAAGAGCUUGCAGCUAGUAAAUCACAACUAGAAACAGAAAAGGCUGAACUUGAGAAAGAGAAGGCUGCUCUUGAACAAAAAGUCAAGACCAGCAAGGAUGAUUACAAAACCAUGCACGAGUCUAUGACGGAAUUGCUUGAAGAGACUAGCAAAGAUUGUGAAACACUCGAUGCUCGUCUCAAGGAAACCGAAGCUCAACUUAAGGUCAAGGAUGCUGAACUUGCAGAGGCAAAGGUAUGAAUUCAAAUUUCAUUAAUAUUAUGUAGUUAUAUUAGUACUAGGUACUUGAGCUAAUACCGUAUGGUGAAAACAAAAAGACCAAGCUCCCAACUACAUCCCCACCAAAAACACCAACAUUUGGAGGAAUUUUUUCUAGAGGAUUCGCCGACACUGAUGGUAAGGACUUUAAUGGGACGGGUGAAAGCACAGAUGCAGUAGCUACACCUGAAAGUGAGCAUGAUAAUUCAUCUGCGGCGUUAGCUUCGGUUGGCGAGCCUUUUUUCUAGUGCUUCUGUUGCCCUAUCCUAUUCUCUUUUUCUUAUUUUUUUUUGGCACAUACACAGGAUCCUUUCCGAUUCGUACACUGAUACCUAAUCUUUCCCUUCCGUACCAACUUCAUCUGGAUACUCAUACAAAUGAUGGAAAAGAGACAUUCGCUAACGUAUCUCUUGAAUUAAUAGCUAGCAAAAGCUAGAGUUACCGUUGAACAAUUAGAGAAGAUGAAUGAAGAUUUGAAGAAAGAUAAUAUGAGGUAGUUAUUUCCCCCAAACCCAAACCCAAACAACCCGCUUUGUUGUCUCUCUUUCGCUUUCCCUCCCCUCUUCCUCUCUCUCAACGGGAUUUGCUGCUUGCUUUUUAAUUGCUAUUACAUUGGUAUUGAAAUUUGCGAAGUGUGAAAUCUCGGCUGAUGUUAGAUUAUUUUGCUCACGCAUAGGUCAUUAGAAUCAAUUUCAGACGUCUUUGGGCCAGCUCGUAAUGAAUAGGUCAUGAGAUAAUUUUAUCCUUCUUUUCGCUCAAAAUAUUUCAUGAGCGAUUGCCAAGUCAUCUUUCCGGCAAUUUUUGCGCAUUAUGUCUCAGCUCAACUUAUGUCAACUUAAUUUCACUCAGCUUUUUCAACGUAUUUCAUGUCGCCGAUACUGUCAAUCAUGUUCCGACUGUUUAAUUCGACUUUUUUUUAAUGCAUAAUCUACGGUACUGCGUCUUUAGUUCAUGGUGGCAACUGUGUCUUGACUUUGAAAAGUCUUUCUCUUGAGAGGAAUCCACACUUACGCAAUACCCGAAAUACAAAACCUUUCUAUACCCAAUUUACUUUUUUCUGUUUUGCAAUUUUUACUAGUUUCGGUUCUUACGUCUUGCAUUUCUUGCUUGCAUUGUUGAAAUUGUUCACUUGUAGUGCGCAGAAAUAUUGAUGGAUGGAUCUGGUAUCGUCUUUCUUUUUCUUGACGUACUUUUUUUAUAGGGAUGGAUGGAUGAUGGGACGGAUGGUUGAUAGAUGGCUGGUAUGGUUUGGUUCCGUAUGAAUGGUGAAUUGUGAGAGAAGGAAUAGAUGGAAAUUAUAUGUGAGGUGAGGUGAAGUGUGUUGAAGCUGUAUAUGUAGACUACAUAUUGUGAUAUAAUGUAUGGAUGGAUGGAUGGAUGAUUGUAGGGGCUU